AUGCCAACAAUCGGUGCUCUGAAACCAGAGAAACGCGGAAGGAAAGAAGACCACUAUAUUAAUGUUCACUCUGAAAGUGACGCCGACAGUGAAACUUCGUCGAAAGAUCACUCAUGUGGCACUCCAAAAGGAUGUUUGGUGUGCCCGAACGAAUGUACCGGCCCAGAAACGUGUCCAAGGUUCCUCGGUAUGGACGUUGGGUCUCGAUGGAGAACCUCAAGGAAAGCACUUUUCCGAUACGUGCCAAUUACUAUCCACGGCAACGGAAAGAAAGUAAGCACAUAUGCUUUUCUCGACGAUGGAUCAUCAGCGACUCUAAUGGAGCACAGUCUACUGGAAGAAUUGGGUCUAAAGGGAAAAUCUUAUCCGUUGUGCCUUGAUUGGACCGGUGGUCACCAACGAGAGGAAAAGGAAUCGCCCAGCUCAGCCCCAGUCAGCCCCAGUCUGCCCAGCCCCAGCCUGGCCCCAGCCCCAGCCCCACCAGCCCCCGCCCAGCCUGCCCAGCCCUGGGCUCCCAGCCUGCCCCAGCCCCAGCCCUGCCUGCCCCAGCCCCCAGCCCAGCCCGCUGCCCCACCGCCUGGCCUGCCCUGCCUCCAGCUCAGCCCUGCCCCAGCCUGGCCCAGCUCCGCCUCAGCCCUGCCCAGCCUGGGCCCAGCCCCAGCCCUGCUCAGCCUGGCUCAGCCUGGCCUCAGCCCUGCCCAGCCUCAGCCCGCCUCAGCCCUCCGCCCUGCCCCGCUCAGCCCGCCUGCAGCCCGCCCCAGCCUGCUCAGCCUGCUCAAAGCCUGCCUCAGCCUGGCCCAGCCUGCUCAGCCCUGCCUGUGCCUCAGCCUGCCUCAGCCUGCCUGCCUGCUCAGCUCAGCCAGCCUGCUCAGCCUGCCUGCUCCCAGCCUGCCCAGUCCAGCCCCCAGCCUGGCCCAGCCCCACCAGCCCUGGGCUCAGCCCUGCCCCAGCCUGCCCAGCCCCAGCCUGGCCCGCCCCAGCCCGCCCCAGCCUGGCCUGCUCAGCCCGGCCCCAGCCCUGGCCCGUGCCCCAGCCCGUGCUCAGCCUGCCCAGCCCCAGCCUGGCUCAGCCCCAGCUCCCGUCAGCCCGCCCCAGCUCCAGCCCCUGCCUGCCCAGCCCCUGGCCCAGCCCGCCCAGCCUGGCUCAGCCCGGCCUCAGCCUGCCCAGCCUGCCCAGCCCGCCUCAGCUCCUGCCUCCAGCCCUGGCCCCAGCCAGCCUGCGCUCCCAGCCCUGCUCAGCCUCCAGCUCCAGCCAGCCGCUGCUCAGCUCCAGCCUGCCCAGCCUGGCUCAGCCUCUCAGCCCAGCCCUCAGCCUGCUCAGCCUGCUCAGCCUGCCUGCCUGCCUGCCUGGGCCCAGCUCCCGCUCAGCCUGCCUGCCCUCAGCCCGCCCAGCCUGCUCAGCUGCCUGCCUCAGCCUGCCUCAGCCUGCCCCAGCCUGCCUGCCUGCCUGCCUGCUCAGCUCAGCCUGCCAGCUUCAGCCUGCCCGUUGCUUGUGCUCAGCUCAGCUCUGUUUAAAGCUCAGUUGUCAGCCUGCCUCUAA